GGUUCACCUGUUUCCAUUUACUUCACCUAGUUAGUGCUUUAUAUUGAUCAUCUCCCUCAUUCUUCUCAACUCACACACCUACCAAUCUUUCAUUCUUUGCUGUUGAAGUAGUAAUAUCUAUAGCAGACGGAGAUGGAGAGGCAAAGAAGCAAGCAGGUUCGUUUGUUGAUGUGGGCUUUGGUUGCUGCCUUGUUCUCCCAAAACAUGGUCAUUGCAGUGACCUCCACUGGCCUUGGAGAGCAGAAAAAUUACUAUCCAGUUCCUGACCCUCAUGCUGGAACUCCCCCUUCAGGUUCACAUGGCACACCACCAUCUUCAGGAGGUGGAACACCUCCCUCUCAUGGAACCCCAUCACAUGGAGGUGGUUACCACCCUUCACCAACACCAUCAACGCCUUCGGGUGGAAAUUGUGGAACUCCACCACAUGACCCUUCAACUCCAUCAACACCAUCACACACUCCUUCGCAUGGUACUCCACCAUCAUCUGGAGGUGGUAGUCCCCCAUCGUAUGGAGGAGGCAGUCCCCCAUCGUACGGAGGAGGCAGUCCCCCAUCAUACGGAGGUGGCAGUCCCCCAUCAUACGGAGGUGGCAGUCCCCCAUCAUACGGAGGUGGCAGUCCCCCAUCAUACGGAGGUGGCAGUCCCCCAUCAUAUGGAGGUGGCAGUCCCCCAUCAUAUGGAGGUGGCAGUCCAACUACUCCUAUUGAUCCAGGAACUCCAAGCAUUCCCUCACCUCCAUUCUUUCCUGCUCCAACUCCACCAAUUGGUGGUACAUGCGAUUUCUGGAGGAGUCACCCCACACUGAUAUGGGGUCUGCUUGGUUGGUGGGGCACUGUAGGCAACGCAUUUGGCGUGACCAACGUUCCUGGACUUGGAACAAGCAUGAGCUUGCCCCAAGCACUUUCAAACACACGUACUGAUGGACUUGGGGCGCUUUACCGAGAAGGAACAGCCUCAUUUCUCAACUCCAUGGUGAAUAAUAGGUUCCCAUUCUCGACUAAGCAAGUUAGGGAGACUUUUGUUGCAGCACUUGGUUCAAACAGCGCUGCAGCAGCUCAGGCUCGUCUCUUCAAGCUUGCCAAUGAAGGCCACCUCAAGCAAAGGACCUAAGCAAACACCUUUUGGUUUGUCAGUUUCUUGAAGCAUUUUAUCCACUAGUGUGUGCUACUUAGAUUUUAUGUUCCUAGUAUUCGACAUCUAUAAUGCUACAGCUUUCAUUUGGAUAGAUACUGUGCCUAGAACUGAAUGUUAAGUUUAUGUUUUCUUAUUUUAAAUAAAAUUUAAGAUAUUUAUUUAAA